GUCAGAGCAUCCCUCUGGAGAUAAGGCAGGAGAACAGUUGAGCAUCAUAGAAUCAACCAGGUUGGAAAAGACCUUCAAGAUCAAGUCCAACCUUUACCUCAGCACUGCCAAGGCCACCACUAACCCAUGGCACUGAGGGCCUUGUCUACACGGUGUGUGAACACUCGGGCAGCCUGUUCCAACACCUGAGCACCAUCACCGUGGUGCCGAGGCGAGUGGCGAGGCCACGGCUGCUCCACAGCAGGGCUGGCGAGCACUGGAAGCCUGACAUGGAGCGGUUUGCACUGAGAUCCCACAUUACAUCAUCAUUCCCUCCGCACCGCAGGCUCACCAGAGCCUACAGUCACACCCCAGACACCCUUUUUCUCCCCCAAACUGGUCAUGCAAUGAAAACAAGGUUCAUACUGACAGCUGCUGAGCAGCGGCCGGGCUGGCAGGCAGCUUGCAUAGCACCACAGGAGCACGCUCAGCGGUGCUGGCUGAUUCCUCACAGCAACAAUGGAAAAACCCAGGAAUCUCGGUGAAUAACCAGUCUGUGUCCUAAGUCAGCCCUUGGAUUUCCUCCCUUUCUUGAGCCUGUCUCGCCUCUGCAAAAGCUCCGCUGGGGCUCUGCAGCCGGGCUCGGGAGCACAGCUCUCAACAAGCUCAUAGUUAUGUGCUGGGCCCUCGAGUGUGUGCUGCAGCCAGGACCUGGCUGGAAAUCAGUUCAAAAUGUUCCAGUUCCAAACCCCACCCCGCAACCCCUGGAUCUCUCCCUUCACACUCACAGAAGCAGGCGCUGGGGCUUUUAACCACUUUGCUUUAGCCUUCUCCAUUGGCAUCCCUUGGGUUAACUCGCCUUUGCCAUUGCUACCCUGAGAGAGAAGCCAGGGCAAACCCCACUCCCAGCUCCAGCUGUGAUUUCCUUGCUCUGUCACCAUCCCUUUACCAAUGCUUACACUUAUCCCUGUCCAUAGCUUCAUCCUGGGAGCCACAGGCAUUGCCACCCACCGAACCUACACACAGCAGGGCAUUAUUGUCUAGCAUUUCAUAUCCCAUACCCCAACAGGCUCUUUCACUGCUCCAUCCCUUGUUGGAAGGCAACAGCCGCUGCCCCACAGUGCCACGUGCUGAGAUAAACCCCCUCACACAGUCUCCUGACCAUGACCAUCCAUGUGUCACACUCAACUGCUCAUAGGAAAAGAUGCAGCAGAAAUGAAGACCUGUCUUUGUUCUCCCUUUCUUGGCCAACUCCUAGGUGCAGCCUGGAUCUGCAGGUCUUCAACCUUGAACUUGCAAGAGCAACUACAGCAGUGCUGGCCUCUGGCAUGACCCUGUAUCGCUCCCAUCAUUUCCCAUCCCUUCUCAGGCAAAUUCCUUGGAGAUCAGCAAGAUGAGAUCCCCAAAACACCUUCCUCUGUGAUAACAGAACACGAUGCUUCUCCCCAAGCCAGCUGAGCCUAAAUACAUCCCAGGAGCUUCAGCACGAGGUGCCUGUGGAGCACAGCAGUGCUCCCUGCUACGCUGUUCAACCAAAAUAGGUUGUUUCCCCCACAGCUGAUAAACCUGGGCCCCGCUCAGCUCAGCAGGGACCAAAGGGGUUCUCCACAGAGCAGGUCUCUGCUUGUUCUCCCCGUUGCAGAGAGGAAAACUACCUCAGCUCAGUCUCUUCAGCAGCAGGGCCUGGCAGGACCAUGGAUACUGCUCUCCCUGGUGCCAAGGGGUUAAGCUCACAGUAAGUUCCCAAACCCAGUUGCUUCCAACUGGCUGCUGCCUGCGGUUUGUGGGAAGGGAUUUUGCUUUUUAAUAACAUUAUAAAUAGGGCUGUGUUCAGCAUGCUGCAAACACAGUUCCUCUCUUCUCUCCCACCCAUCUCCCUCCUUCUCCUCCUCCUGCUUCUCUCCCCACCACACCAGUUCCACAUCUGACCAUGUACCGGCCGGGCUUCUUCCUCAGUGUCCUCCUGGCGUGUCUCGCCUCCGUCGUGCAGGCAUGUCCCCCCAGCUGCCACUGCCACGGUGGGGACCUGCAGCACGUCAUCUGCGACAACGCGGGGCUGAAGAAGAUCCCCAAGGUGCCCGAGCAAACGCGGCUCCUCAACCUGCAGAAGAACAACUUCCCCGUCCUGCCCACCAACGGCUUCCGUGACAUGAAGAAGCUGGUGUCCCUGCACCUCCAGGGCUCACGGAUCAAGGAGAUCUCAACCGGAGCCUUCCGGGGGCUCAAGAGCCUGGUCUACCUCUACCUCACUGACAACCAGAUCAGUGUCAUUAAGCCAGGAGCCUUCGAUGACCUCUCCGAGCUCACCUACCUGUACCUGGACCAGAACAAGAUCCCAGACCUACCCAAAGGGGUCCUCUCCCCUCUUGUCAACCUCUUCAUCCUGCACUUAGGCAGCAAUAAGAUCCAGGAGCUGAAACCAGGGGUCUUCAGUGGGGCUAAAGACCUGCGCUGGCUCUACCUCUCUGACAACUCCCUCACCAACCUCCUACCUGGGGCCCUGGAGGACGUGGAAAACCUCGCUGUUCUCCACCUGGACAAGAACCAGCUGAGCAGCUACCCUGUGAAUGCAAUGAGUAAGCUGAGAGUGCUGGAGGAACUGAAGCUUUCUCAUAACCCAAUUGAGGUCAUCCCUGACAAUGCCUUCCAGUCCUUCGGGCGAUACCUGCAGACGCUCCACCUGGACAACAUGAAACUGAAGAAGUUUGCAGACAACGCAUUCGCCGGCGUGACGGUGCUGAAGACGGCUCACGUGGAGAACAACCGGCUCACCCAGCUGCCCCGCAACUUCCCCUUCGACAAGCUGGAGACGCUGACGCUGUCCCGCAACGCCUGGCACUGCAACUGCCAGCUCGCACAUCUGCGCAAGUGGCUGAAGGGCAAUCGCACCCGCACUGAGGAUACCUGCUCUACACCUGCACAGUACCGGGGACAGUCCAUCAGAGACACCCCGGCUCUCCGCACCUGCAAGCUCCCCACCAAGAGGUCCAAGAAGGGAAGCCGCCAUUAAACACCAGGCCCCGGUAUGGCCUGUCCUGGUGACCGGCCACUUCAACCAUCAGAAAACUACUGACUUCUGAGUCCUUCCUUUAAGCUUCUCCCACCUAUCAGGAAACACUUCUGAUAUAUCCACACACCUCCAGCCUCCUCCGAAUCCCCGCUUCUCUGCUCAUCGCAGGAUGGAAUCCACCUUUUCAAUCUUUUCCGACAUCUAUAUAUUUUAAAAGAGGCAUUUUUAUGCAUGACCAUACUAAGACAAAGCUAACUUAGAUCCUGCCGGUAAAACACAGUCAUCUUUCCCAGAGGCAACAUAACCCGCAUCCCCAGUCAAACAGUUGGUUGCUGUCUCUCCCUUUCCAGUGCAGUGGAAGCAAGAGGGAAGGUUGGAGCAUCCUUCCCCACCUGCUUGACCAGGAAAAUUGGUCUCAACCCAUACAAAGCAACUCCUCUGCCUUCCCACGGAGGGGAUCCCUGCAGGCCAGGGCUGAGGGGGAUAGGUGAAGCAAUGACCAAGAACCGAUGGCGUUGAGACCGAGCUGCCCUUUCGUGCCAAAGGGCAGCAAUCUCUUUAGGUUGGCCAGAAAUCCUUUAAGCAAAGCAGCACUGGAAAACCCCAAAAGUGGAGCUAUGUGAAGACUGGAUUCCCUCCCACUCUGUGGGGUCUACCAGGACACACGUACAUCCAAGAGGAGAAGGUGUGCACUGCGCAGCCUGGCUUGGGCACCCCUCCUCUUCUCCUGACCCAUACCCCAGAGGAUCUAGCAGGACACCAGGAUGACUGUGGUUUAUUGUCAAGGCUAUUACAAUACCACAGUUGCAACCUAACUGUGUUUUUUAAUCUGAAAGAGUUAUAUAAAUAUAUGUAUAUUUAUUCCUCUGUAAUUGAGUGUAAAUGACCUUUAAGGGGAUGUCCUCCUCUGUCUCCUAUGUAGAAAUUAAAUUGUAUAUUUUCUUAUGUACAUCUUCUGUAUAAAGCUCUUGCUGCAAAGAUGAA